AUGAGUAUGGACACGCAAGCAUUAAUCGAUGCUCAAACUGAGCUCUACGGCCGCAUCGCCUGUACAGAAGAGAAUCUGAAGAAAGUAGGUUCAACACGGCUUACACAAGGCACAGUGGAAGCUCGUCUGCAAUCUCUGGAUUCGAAUUGGAACAAGUUCCUGAGCAAUCACGACGCGCUCCGGACAGCGCACAAGGCCCAUCCCGUUGCAGCCAGCAACGAUUAUUUUAAGGAGAAUCUUCCCGAACGGGUCGAAGAAAUGGUCAACGAACAACGAGGCUCCCUCCUUGACAUGAUACACACACUGCGUGACAAGCACGGCGAGCCAGGAAAAACGCUUCCCGCAGCACAAGAAAGCAGCUCCAAACGAAAGCUUCCAAAUAUCGAGCUGCCUUUCUUUUCGGGACGAAUAGAAGACUGGCCGGCUUUUCGAGAUCUUUUCGUCUCGAUCCUCUCACGCCACCCUAUGCUCGCUGACGUCGAGAGACUCCACUACCUGAAGACUAGAGUGCAAGGUGAAGCCGAAGAGAGAAGCAAAAAUCUGCCGACCACCAGUGACAAUUUUAAACGAGCAUGGGCCAUCCUGGAGGAGCGCUACGAAAACAAGCGCGUACUCGUGCGCUCGUAUCUCUCAACCUUCUCCAAGAUGUCUCGGAUGAAGACAGAAUCAGUAACCGAUCUCAAGAAAUUGGUCAACGGCAUGUUGCACCGCGGGCACUCUGGAAAACAUCGGGCGAAACUCAUAGAUUCACGAUCCCGACGAGAAUGGGAAGAAACCACAGAUGACUUGAGAGAUCCCCCUUCCUUCGAUGUACUCAAGAAGUUUUUGGAGCGUAGGCUGCUCGCGUUGGAAGCUCUUCAAACGUCUUCGGGAAAUGCGUGCGCAACGACUUCCGCCAAGUCUACGAGUUUGUCCUCGCAAUCGGCUCGUGCGAAUUUAGCACAGAAAACGAAGCAGAGCCAAUGCACGCUUUGUCAAAAAGAGCAUUACAUCUUUCAUUGUAGUGACUUCCAAAAGAAAGAGCCUGCUCAAAAGAAGGAGUUUGCGGAGAGCAACAAGCUGUGCUUCAACUGCUUCGGCAACCACGCUGUGACAGAGUGUCCAUUGCGGAAAUCCUGCGCCGCCUGCAACGCACGACAUCAUAGUUACAUUCACGAUGUGUGCAUCUCCAAGGCCAGUUCCGAAUCGACGGCUUCCUCCAGUGCUUCUCCAACGUCGCUUCAUGUGCAUCAAUUCGAGGAAAAGAGAGCCGCAGUUUUGUUGGCCACCGCACGAGUAGACAUAACAGAUAAGUAUGGUGCUCGUCAUACAGUUCGUGCGUUAAUCGAUCCCGGGUCCGAGAUUUCAAUUGCAAGCGAGGCGCUCGCUCAGCUUCUUCGCCUUCCACGCUUACCCGCCUCAGUGUCAAUCUUCGGCGUUGGCGGGCAACAGACCGGGACGACGAAAGGUUGA